GGAUAUUAUGGACCCCACGGACGUGGAGUAUAAAAAUAUCCAGAUGAAGGGGGUCCAAGGACAGUCUGUCAUCUUGGACUGUGGGACAUCUCUGCCUCAGCUCUACAUCUGGGGCUACACCAAGCCAGGGACAGACAGCAUGAAGGCCCUGCUUUACAACUAUGGAAAUGGACCUCGACUGCAGAGUCUGGCCAGCAGCCUCGGGACAGUGAGCGUGAUAACAGGAAGCACAUCGUUGAGCAUCAGCAACCUGCAGUUGUCGGCUGAGGGCCUGUACACCUGCCAGGCCCUGUAUUUAACAGAGACUGACGUCAAGAUGGUCUACUACUACGUUGUGCUGUUGGUGCUCGUGCCCAUCUCCAAGCCGACAUUCCAAAUCAGCCAUAUUUCUCCGGAGGAGGGCGAUCCUCUGUCAGUAUCCUGCACAGUCGAUGCUGGGACGGGGCCAAUCAGUUAUGUAUGGAUGCAAGAGCCCUUGUCUGGAAACCCUAUUGUGGUAAUGCAGUCCAAUAACAGCACAAUUAACAUGACCGCCGUCCAUCGGAACCUCACGGGUCUGCACUUCUGCACAGCAGCUAAUGAGGUCAACGAGGAGAAGAGUGAGCAGAUCAGGGUGGAGGUCAUCUAUGGCCCCGACCCACCAGCGAUCAACAUCACCCCUUAUACGGUGACUGAGCAGGGCUACUCAGCGGUGGAGCAGCGUGCCGUAUCCAUGAGCUGCCAAGCCCCCUCUAACCCCCCCAGCAGCUACAUCUGGUUCUACAACAAUUCGCAGAUCUCCACCGGCCAACAGUUCAACAUCACCAAGAUUUACCGGACACAUGCAGGCUUCUACACCUGCCUGGCCCAGAACAUCCAGCGCAACACACGGACCACCAGCACCAUCAGCCUGGCAGUCUACUAUCUGCCAGAUGGGACUCCCAAAUGCAUGAUCCUCCCCAGUAACAAUCACUCAGACCUCACCCUAUCAUGCCAGUGGGAAGGAGGAUACCCCCUGGCUUCAUUGCGCUGGACAACACCCGGGGUUAAGGAGCAAGCCAACGGUUCAUUUUCUAAUGUCAAUCUAAGUCUCAUUGGACACAAGACCCCCAACAACAGUCCUUUCACCUGCCUGGCAUCCCAUUUGGCACUGACAACAGAGGCCAGCUGCAGCAUCACAGCACUGCUGCCACCCAACGAGCCGGUCUGUUUGGCCAUGCCCACAAGAUUAAACGAGUACCUGAUGUUAAAAUGCAGCUGGGAAGGAGGCAAGCCACAAGCACUGCUGUGGUGGGCAGUCGGAGAUGACCAAAUGUUGGAAACUCCAGAAGAAAACUCCAAGAUCGUCCUACUCCAAUCUAACUCUUCCUACGGUGGAAAGCAGGUUGUGUGCUAUGCCAAGCACCCUCUGGUGUCACAGAUCAAGAAGUGCACCUUAAAACUUGAGGCCCCCGUGCUGAUUACUCAACGUAGCUCGGUCAGCGUUUACGAGGGCAGUGACGUCCAACUCACUUGCCUCCUGAAGGCCACCUACCCUUCCUCCGAGAUCCUCUGGUUCAACAACCAAAACCAGAACACUGUGAACGACCCUCAGAAGUACCUGCUACAGUACGAGUCUUCAUGGUCCAAUCUGACAGUGCGAGAGACAGAGGAGAACAGUGACAGUGGCGAGUACUGGUGCACAGCUUCCAACGCCGUGGGAGGGGCGCAGAUUCCCAUUUUUCUUCAGGUCAAGAAAUACCCAACACCACCUAAUGUGACCAUCAGCAGAAUCCUGUACAGCCGGCAGAGAACCGAAGUGGACCUUGAAUGGCAGACCAAAGGCCCUGGAGACUUGACUGGCUUCUUGGUCCAGAGGCAAGUGGCCCGAAAAUCUGGUCGUUCCAGUCGGGCCAUGUCUUGGGAAACGGUGGCCUCUUCCAUAGAGCCAGACAUCAGGGGUCAUAAGCUGAGUGGACUGGACCCCUCUGUCUUAUAUGCUUUCCGCAUUAUGGCUGUCAAUCAUCGCACCACAGGGUACCCCUCUGAGGUGAAGACUCCAGCGGACCCCCCAUUCAAUGCCUACCCGGCUGUCAUCGGAGCGGCUGUUGCUGGCAUGAUCUUGGCCACGGUGGCCACGAUGUUGGUUUUCCAGUACAUCGUCCGCAAUCGUAAUAACAAUCCACGACUGCAUGACAUGAUCUUUGGAAUGCCUCCACCCAACAUGCAGGAGAACAUCCAACCAGAAGAUGAGCUGGAAGCGGGUCAAAAUGAAGAUGGAGAAGCUCAGGCUACACAGGUGCAGGUAGCUCCACAGCAGGCAGGAGGCUCCCCUUCUGAAGGUCCGUCCCCCUCCACAGAGGCCGCUGCUGCCCCCCCAGUAGCGGGGGAUGACAACGAGCCAGUCAGCGUCACCAUCACCGUGACUGCAAACCCUUGAGGUCCACCCCAGGGUUACUGUCACCUUAGGAACAGAAAGCCGAUGAUCCAAAAUUCUGACCAGCAGCCAGUGUGCCAGUUGUCCAGCUGCCCAAU